AUGGAGAAAAACAAUUCUACCACAGAUCAGAACUCCUUUUCGACGCUCGAUCCAGUCGAAGGAGAGACUCUCAACACAACAUGGCUCAAUCAUAUAUUUAUCGAAGAGCUAUUUUCCAAUACAGACUAUCCAGAAUUCAAAUUCAAUGUUGAUAAAGCACUGGAGCGCGGUCUUAUCUCUUCACUAAGCGUUGCGAGCCACAUCACUACCAUUUUCGGUCAGCAGGAAGAAUAUCAACUUGGAAGAGUGCUGGAAUACCAGACGGUAACUUCUUCAACAGCUUUGAGAUGGUUGUUGAUUGCAUAUGGAUCGCAUCCAACACGGAAAUUCUUCGUGGAUAGCUGUAUGGAUGUUGUGAAGGAGGUUGAUGGACUGAUGAAGACAGAACCGGGACGAAGUGUCUACAUGCAAAGCGACGAACUUUGUGCUCAACAGAUCGCAGCACAGGAGUGGCUGGGAAAAGUAAAGAAAUGUGCGGGGGUUUUGAACUAUUGGUUGCGAGUCGUCGAAGAGCAACUUAGAUUCGAUCAGCGCUGGGGCAUGGCCAAGAAGUGGGUUUUGCAUGGAGAUGGAUGGGGACACCUGGAACAGAUUUGGAGAACUGGGGCUAUGGAGAAUUUGACGAUGAAUCUUCGGAAGGUGCAGUCGAGUGUCGUGAUGAAGUUGAUGGAGGCAGGUCAGAAUCCGGACUAUAGUCUACAAUAUGUCAAUUUGCUGCGAGAUGCAGGUAUCGCAUAUGGCGGAGAACCAGAACGAUUGGUAUUCUGGCCUCAGACGGGCAAACUAGAAUGGGUUUAUCCAACGCAGGAGCCCAAAAUAUCGGAGGUGACGGCAGAGAAAAUUCGAAUGAGUACAGAUCUUUUCUUAAAUGGCAUUUCGCAACAACGCCAAGUCGCCGCUGUUCAAGAAACUGCUCCUCGCGUAGUGUCGAGCAGCCUUCCGGUUGAACAAAAUACGCUUGAUCAGCAUCCUACUCCUCGAAUACUUAUAAACGGCAUUCCUGAUCAUCAGGAUGUUACUUCUCAAGAACUCUCUGAUAGCUGUACCACUACAGGCCCAGAAGCUUCUCCUCAAACAGGAAUUGGACCUCCUCUUAUAGAACAAGACAAGGCACAACAAGUACUUCCAGAUUUACCUUCUAAUGAUCCGACAAAUGAAAAUAUCGCACCUCGAAUCAAGACAAACAUGUUUGCUACCGACUGGGAAGAUACCACUUCAGUACAACCAGGCAAAUCUACAACAUGGUACUGGGGCCGAGAACCACGUCCAACUGGGCAUGGUAGUGUUCCUCAAGAACUGGAAGAUUCCAGAUUCUGGUAUUCUGCAAGAAAGUCUUCCGACACACCGAAUGCCAUUGAAGCUAGCGUCGCAGCACCUCUUCCGUCUCUUCCGCAAGCUAAGGUCGAAGAAAACGAGUCGGCUUCUUGGGUUGGAGGGCUUGGCCGGGAUAGCAACACAUUUACAGGCCUCAAGAUUGAUACUAUCAUGGAAGAAGACUUAGAAGACACCAAUUCUGGUUAUAUUACGAGCAAGAAUCGACCAUAUACUCAUAUUGAUUUGGUUGAUUUAGGACAGAGAUUGGCAAUUUUGGAUGCUGCAGAACUGGGAGCAGUGGAAGAAAGCAUACAACAACAAAAUCGAAGCUUAGCUCAACAAACACUAUUGGAUUUACCAAGAAGAGACACACAGCUUAGGGAAGAGCUCCAAUAUUCUGCGAAGAUAAAGAAGACACUACUAGAUAAGCUAGAUAGUGAUGCACCAACAGGUUCGAAGAUGGAUGCGGUGGGAAUAUUUCUCGAUGCGAUAGAAGAGGAGACUGAGAAGAUGCAAGGAUGGAGAGAGGAUCUGCGAGAAGCGGAGGCGGACAUUGAUCGUGGUUAUGAUGGGGAUUGGGAGGAGGAAUCGCAAAGUGAAAAAUUGCAUAAUGAUGAGCAGGCAAUUUUGAGAACAAGUACGGAAUACUCAUCAUCAUCGGAAGGAAAGAAGCAUACGCAGAUGACCGAAGAAUCCUCAACUAUAUUUCUUGGAGAGGGAGAAAGUAUUGAGAACGAAAAGCAAGAGGAUGAGGCAAGUGUGCAUGGGGAGAAAGAGGGGACAGAUGCAGGCGAAGUGAUGGAACUCGCGAUAGCUCAGACUGUCGGUCGAUUAUCAUUGGGAGAUUGGAAUGAUGGCAGCGUGGCUGGCUCAGACACUCGUGGCUAUGAUGGUGUCGGUCCAAUUUCGUCGGUCGAGGAGAAAACUACCAAGGCAGGCUAUACGGCAGAAGAACAUGACAUUCUCUCGCCAUCCACUGGUAACUGA